AUGGACUGUGAUAGAUCUAAUAUUACAGUUUUGAUUGUCGAUCAUGAUGAUUUUUCUUUAGAAUAUCUUUCUAAUAUACUCAUGGCAUGGAAAUAUCAAGUUCAAACUGCCAAGACUGCUCAUCAAGCUUUGGUCACUCUCCAAGACUCUGAAGGCUUGUUGGAUCUUAUAAUUUCAGAGUUAUCUAUGUUAGGAGGAGUGAAUGGCUUUGAUUUUUUAAAGCUUAUUAAAAAUCAAUUCCAUAUACCUGUAAUAAUGAUGUCCAAAGAAAACAACAUGAAUUUAAUCUCCAAGUCUCUAGAAAAUGGAGCAGCACAAUUUAUUGCAAAACCCUUUUGUGCAGAAGACUUCAAAGAUAUUUGGAAACAUGUUUUGGAUGCAAAAAAAGAGAAACUUUUUGUUGAAAGUUUAUUCGUAAAAAGUGAUGAGCAAGAGAUAAAGAGUCAUGAAACUAAGACAAAAAAGAAGGGUUGCAAGAGAAAGUGUAGUGAUGAAUAUCAAGGAGAAGAAGAAUCUCAAGUUGUUAAGAAACCAAAACUUGUUUGGACAACUUACCUUCACAAUCUUUUUCUCAUUGCCAUUAAGCAAAUUGGAUUGGACAAGGCUGUACCAAAGAAAAUUUUGGAUAUUAUGAAUAUUCCAAACUUAACAAGAGAAAAUGUUGCAAGCCACCUACAGAAGUAUCGCAUAUUUUUACGCGAUGUUGCCGAGAAAGGAAUGGUUGGAGGAAUAUCUCAUAGAGCUCUAAGGUCAAGAUUCGCAUCAAGUCUACCAACGUCAUUGGUUAAAGAAUUUCAAACCAUAAGGACAAAUAAGCUUCGUAUAGCAACACCAGAAUAUUUACAAACAUUAUCGUAUCAAGCAAGAGAUGAAAACAUUACUCUUAACCCUUAUAAUCGAUUUCCAACACAUCGUGUUGAUCGGUUCCCUUAUGUACAAAAAGGGCUAACUCUUCAAGAUUCAAACAAGGUUAGACUUGGAAAAUCACAACUGGAAACUAGUUUUGUGAACAAUAAUGUCCAUGAUCAAAACAUGUUUGGAGUAAACUCCUCAAGCCUUUCAUUAUUCAAUAAUGGUGCUUCAACUAGUUUGUCAUCCUAUGGAAGUGGACAAGGAUUUAGGCCUUAUUCCUCAUCUUUCAUAACAAGGGAUUUGAAAUUUGGUGACAUUAGUUACCAAAAUCAUGGCUCUAUGGGAAUUGAAUCUUUUAAUCAUAUCAACCAUGGUGUGAAAAAUCAAAACUUGGGAUCUUUGAGAAGUUCUAAUAUCUUGCCUCAAAAUGUUGCUUAUGAUCCAAGAAACAACAAAAACCCUUUUGGAAUUCAAAUCAACAAUGGAUUAGAAACGGUUGGAAUUGAGACUAUGAAUAUAAGAGGGUUUAAUAGUGUUGGAAAAAGGGUUGAUACUACAAAUAACAAUAGUUUUGGCUUGAAUAAUAAUAAGAGUCAAAAUAAAAAUAUGAAUGGGAAUAUUGUGGAAAAUGAAAGGAAAUAUAAUGGUUCUACUUUCAUCAAUAAGAAGGCAGAGUUCAACCAAAUGGAGUUUAACCGUCCUGAUAUUUUGAUAGCUAAUGACAAGAAUCUUCUUAAUAAGAAGAAUGAGAAUCUUGAUUCAUGUGGAUUUUUGAAAUCGACCCUCUAUAAUUCUCUUGAAUACAUGCAACCUCUAGAGAAGCUAUAUAAAGGUGGUGAUUGUAUCUCUCCUCCAGCUGAGACCACAUCUUGUGUGCUGAACGAGUCAUCAAUAAAUUCAGAUCAAAAUUCUAAUAAGGUGCAAGUACAAGAAGGAUAUUCAAAUGGAGAACCAUAUGAUAGAUUCAUGGAAGAAAAUGUGUCUAAAACAAGUACAUCGACUAUCGAUCCAGAAUUGAAUAUGGAUCUUAUUGAAACUCUGUUUGGUACUAUAGAAAACUAGAGGGAUUGAGAAUGUGUUGUUUGGUGUCAUAGUUUAAUAUAUCUAUCAUAAAUUAUUGUGCUACAAAUAUAGCAUUAGAAUGACAUAAACUUUACAAGCAUU